AUGGGCAUCAUCAAAGCCGCAAUAAUUACUGGUGCCGGCCUGUAUGCUGUGAACAAAAUCACAAAACGAGCUGAACACCGUCGCGACAAUUCUGCUCCAUCUUCGAACGGCUCACGAGAGUCUCGACAACCACAAUACCUUGACGACCCCGACUCACGCGGCUAUGACGACGAUGAAUCGCAAAUGGCGAGACAAGAAAGAAGCCGAAUUGAAAAUCAACGUGGAGUUGACGGUCCACCGCUGCAGUUCAAAGACUGUCGCCUCCCCGCACAACAGGGCCAACCUCUCUAUCUCGUGAACAACAACCCCUAUGCCCCCUUACCCUACGGUUAUAAUGGCGAUGUGGAGCACGUUUACGAAACCGAUCCCCGCGCCACACUAGUGCCAGGCUAUCCUCCGCCGUUUUAUCAAACUGCUUAUGGACCACGACAGCAGCAGCGACAAGGCUUCGUCGAGCCUGGCGAGGUAUCAGAGUCAGAGUUCCAGAUCCAGAGCGGUCGGAACAGUAGUGGUAGUGCCACUUUGGUCAAUACCCUCGCACAACAAGCUAUGGCUGUGGAUGGAGAUUGUGACGAGAAGAAAGAGUGGCAAGGGAAAAGAUCUUGA